ACGUUUAGAACGUAUCGAUUGCCGAGAUCCGAAAUUGAAAAUCAAACGGAGCAAUGGCUACAAACAACGAAGAUUCCUACACUUUGUUCGAGACGCAGUGUACGCAGUUGCUUACGCGCUUCACGAUAUGCAAAGGAAUGUUUGCGGUGAAAACUGGAGAGGCCUCUGCGACAAGAUGCGGCUCCCGAACGAGGAUAUCUUUCAAUAUUUGACCAAGGUGUCUUUCAAAGAUGAAGCCGGGAGUAGAUUCGGAUUCGUGAACGAGGUUGACGGACCACCAAGAUAUUCCAUCUUGAAUUAUCAAAAAAUGAACGGUUCGUACCAUUGGACAGUGGUCGGGAACUACACAUUGAAUGAAAAAGAACAACCGAUAUUACAACUGGAUCGAGACAAAUUACGAUUUCGUGGCGAACAAGCGACCGAGUUCCCCACUUCUUCAUGUUCCCAUCCAUGCAGUUCGAAUCACAUCAUGAUUCGAAAGGAGGAAGAUCCUUGCUGUUGGAUAUGCCAGAGUUGCGGCCUCUAUCAGUACAAAGUGAACGAACAGACGUGCAAGGACUGCGCACUGGGUACGAUACCGACCGAGAAUGGAACCGGAUGCGAUCCUAUUCCCGAAGAAUUCGUUGAAUAUUCGAAUCCCUGGGCGAUUGUUGCGAUAAUAAUAGCCGUUUCCGGUAUAGGUCUGACCAUGUUCGUUUGUUCGGUGUUUUGGAUUUACCGCGAGACUCCAAUGAUCAAAGCGUCUGGCAGAGAAUUAUCCUUCUUGUUGUUGCUCGGCGCGUUUGGAUGCUUCUCAAUGACGUUCGCCGUCGUGACUAAGCCUAGUGUCAAGAGUUGCGCUAUAGUUCGUUUUGGAAUUGGAUUUUGCUACACGGUUUGCUACGCUGCACUCACGACUAAGAUCAACAGGAUUCAUAGAAUAUUCAACGAUCCUGGACGAAGUCCACGACGCUUUACCAGCCCACGAUCUCAAUUAAUGAUCGCAUCGAUCCUAAUUCUGAUCGAAAUCGUGUUCGAUGCGGGUUGGUUACUGAAGGAAUUACCAACUGUCGAACACUCGUAUUCUAAAAGAUCUGCGAAUGUCAGAAUUUGUCGAGGUUCUGAGAACGGUUCUUACGUGAUUGGUUUAUUCUAUCCAUUCUUGUUGACCGUUGCGUCCACAUUCUAUGCAAUCAAGACAAGAAAAUGUCCGGAAGGCUUCAAUGAGACUCGAUGUAUUGCGUUCGCAAAUUAUGCAACAAUCAUAUUAUGGUUGGCAUUUGUGCCUUUGUACCUGACAUCAACUAAGAAUGUCGUUAAAGUAAUCACAUUGGCUCUUUCACUGUCACUGAAUGGAUUGGUGCAAUUGAUUUGCUUAUUUCUACCAAAAGUCUACGUAGUGUUGACCAAGCCUGAAAAAAACACAAAGGAAUUAGUAAUGGCCAGACAUGCAUGUUCGUCUUAUCCAACAACGCCUUGUACGCCAAUCACGCCAGAACUGCCAUCUGCCUCGCUCUUCAUUAUCGACCGUGAUCGAUCGAAAUCGUUAUCUUUUGCCGAUCAUUUCCGAUUUAAUAAAAUUUCUCUGUAAUAGGCUAGAUUUUAGAUAAGUAUAUAAAAUAAUAUUGUUUCUGAAAAAAUGAUAAUUUUAAAUAAA